CUCCAAUCCGACCGGGCGUCCUGGUUUGGUUGGCGUGUACCCAUGUGGGCUCAGUGUUGACUUGUGGAGAGUUAAUUUCGUCCACUGUGGAACGUGAGCGUGUGGGUUUUUGACAAUGUCGUCUUUUUUCAUAAAGUCAAAAGUAAAUCCCAAACUAUCAAAACAGGGGAAAAAUACAGCGGCAAUCAAACGAAAGGGUGAUGGAGAUUCCGGUGCUAAGAGCAAAAUGCGAGCGAAAAAACCCAGCUCCAAAUAUAACGAAGAAAUUUCCAGCGACUCUGAGCCAGAGAGUUCUAAAGUGCCCAGGAAGAGGCAGCCCAAGGAGGACAACGAUUAUGCGGAAACGCCACAAGAGAAGAAGCUCAGAUUGGCCAAACUUUACCUGGAACAGCUGAAGGACGCAGAGGAGAAGAACGCUGAAGACGAGGACUUCGAGACUGAUCUGGUUGCAGGAAAACUUGAAGAAGAAGUGCUUGAACAGAAAGGAAAACUUCAGCGACUUAUUGCCAAAGAUCUCAUAGAGCCAGAUGCUUCAGAGAUACGAGUUUUACGAGGACACAAACUUCCAAUCACCUGUCUGGUCAUAUCUCCUGAUGACAAGCACAUCUUCUCUGCAUCCAAAGACUGCUCCAUCAUUAAGUGGGAUGUUGAGAUUGGCAAGAAAAUGCACACAAUACCUGGUGGAAGGAAAGGCACAGAGGAUCGGCACGUUGGACACACCGCUCACAUCCUAUGCAUGACCAUAUCAUCAGACGGAAAAUACUUAGCGACCGGAGACAUGAACAAACUGAUCAUGAUUUGGGAGGCAGAAACCUGCAAACAUCUUUAUAAAUUCACAGGACACAAAGGCCCAGUGUCGGGUCUCUCGUUCAGGAAGGGAUCUCAUGAUCUGUACAGUGCGUCUCAUGACCGUUCCAUCAAGGUCUGGAACGUGGCCGAAAACGCAUAUGUGGAAACUCUGUUUGGACAUCAGGAUUCCAUCACAGGGCUGGACUGUUUAAGCCGCGAACGCUGUGUGACGGCGGGAGGACGCGAUCGUUCUGUGAGGGUGUGGAAGAUAGCCGAGGAGUCUCAGCUCGUCUUCCACGGCCACGAAGGUUCAAUCGAUUGUAUCCAACUCAUAAAUGAGGAGCACAUGAUAACGGGAGCCGAUGACGGGUCAGUGGCUCUUUGGAGCGUGAACAAGAAGAAGCCUCUGUGCAUCGUAAAGCAGGCUCAUGGUUGCCAUGGCGAUACGGAGGCGAAGCAGCCUCACUGGGUGGCUUCAGUCGCGGCACUUCAGAACUCGGAUACCGUAGCUUCAGGUGCCUCUGGCUGUUCACACAACUCACAGGUGCAGCUCUGGAAGUGUGGCCAGUAUUACCGUGGUCUGCAGCGUCUCUUCAGCGUCCCCGUGUCUGGUUUCAUCAACAGCCUGAAGUUCUCCAGCAGCGGUCAGUUCUUGGUGGCAGGAGUCGGACAAGAGCACAGGUUGGGUCGAUGGUGGAGACUUAAAGAGGCCAAGAAUGGGAUCUACAUUAUUCCUCUCAAAAGGAAGUCUCCUAAUCCGGAGGAAGCUAAGGUGGACGAAUGAAUAGUGAUUUGCCAAGAGUAUUCUUU